AUGUUUUCUGGCUGCACCUGUCUGCAGAUCCCAGGACGACCUGCAUGCUGGACGCGUCAAGUCGCGUUACCCUCGUCGCCGCACUUCAAGAUGGCAGAUGGCAGAUGGCAGAUGGCAGAUGGCAGAUGGCAGAGGGUGCCGCGUGCCAGACGCGCCUAUUUCCAUGGCUGGCGCGACAUCAACACGAGAGGAGGCGAUGCGACGACGCGCUGUCCGACUGUGGCGGCAGUCCCCCCUGUCUCGAAAUCAGACGUCUCCACUCCAGUCAUCCGCCAAGAGUGCCGCCGCGUUUUGACAGCUCCAAAGGGAAAGCGUCUUCCCCUCCACAUCUCCGCGUGA